ACCAAUCAGGCGGCGGAUGCGCGGAACGCGACGCUCUGUUCUGGUCUUACCGGCGUAUGUGAGCUCCGGAGCGGCGGGGAGAUCCAUGAGUUCAGCUGGUCGGUGCGCAGCAGCGGUUCCACGGACGUCCUGAGUUUAUUGAAGCCGAAGAUGUUGAGUGUGAGCGGGUUGUCGGUGGCUCUGGUCCUCGCCCUGGUGCCGGGAGCUGCUGAAGGCCUGAAGGAGGGAGAAUGCGAAGUGUGCGUCGCCUUCCUGGGGAAGUUUUACGCGUCGCUGAAGGCGUCCGGCGCCGACUUUAACAGCGCCGCCAUCGAGACGGAGCUGCUGAGGAGCUGCAAGGACUCCAAAGGCAAAGAGAACCGAUUUUGUUACUACAUCGGAGCCACGAGCGACGCCGCCACCAAGAUAAUAAACGAGGUGUCCAAGCCCCUCAGCUACCACGUCCCGGUGGAGAAGAUCUGCGAGAAGCUGAAGAAGAAGGACAGCCAGAUCUGCGAGCUGAGAUACGACAAGCAGCUGGACCUCACCACGGUGGACCUGAAGAAGCUCAAAGUCAAGGACCUGAAGAAGAUCCUGGAGGAGUGGGGCGAGUCGUGCAAAGGCUGCGCCGAGAAGUCCGACUUCAUCCGCAAAAUCACCGAGCUCAUGCCGCGGUACGCGCCUGCAGCCGCCGAGGCACGGACAGACCUGUAGCGGCGCAGGGCAGCGGACUCUGGACAGACUGUAAACCCUGCCAGCAGGAGGAGGAGGAGCAGGAGGAGGAAGAGGAGGAGGAGGAGGAGUUUUGUCUUGUCUCAGUCUUGUUGUGCACUCCUGAUCUGCACAGCAGGCUGAGGGUUUCUACUGUACUUUCUAAUAAAGUUUGCAGCAGGCGCAGCAUUCCUGCUCCGUCGUGCGAAUCAUUUCCCCACAAACAUCCCAGCAGAGCUGCGUCUCUAAAUGACCUGCAGAGGCUGGAGCUGCUCAGGAGUCCCUGAUCCGGUCUGGAGCAGCAGGAGAACCGCCGGCUGCUCUGAGACCAGCAGCGUCUCUGCAGCCUCUCUGCAGCUGCUGCUGGUCCUCAGGCUGUUGCUGCUGGUCCUCAGGCUGUUGCUGCUUCCAGAACAUCAGGGAUCAGACCAGAGUCCCUUCAGAUGUAACAUGUUACUGAAAUGGACCGAGGCUGGACUCUGCUGGUACUGAGCAGCUCAGCAGCGCCCUCUCUGGGUAGUUAACAGAAUCACAGCCUAGUUUAAAAACCUUUGGCUGAAAUAAAACCGGUCCUGAUAAAAAUCUCGUAUCAGAAGGAUUUAAUUUUAUUUUUUAGCUCUAGGAGGAAACACAGCAGGCGCGUAACGUAAGCAGCUUAUGGGCUUCUUUUUAAAAGCGUAAAUUUACUCCAGGCUUUUCAGCGUUUCUGCGCAGAAAACAACUUUGGCCACAUAGAAAGGUCUCCAGGUAGAAGGUGCACCUUGGCAGCAUCCCAUCGAUCAGCAGAAAUAAAAUUAUUUCUACCACCUGAGGCCGAACUGAGACUCGACUUUUGUGACUUUCAGAAGUAAACUUUGACACGGGAUGUUUUCCUGUGUAUUCCCUGCCAACCAGCAGCGUUUAUGCGUCUCAAAUUAUAACUUUAAUCUAAUUUAUGCGUCGCGUAGCGUAAAUAUGUCCAUUUAUCGGCUGAUUAAAAUGAAAAGCUGAGCGUAGGACGCUUUGUAACGCCUCGGUGUGUUUCCUCCUCAUGUUUCUGUUCAACCAAUCACAAUCCAGUCUGUUCCGUUAUGUAAGCGUUGCCUUCUUGACUCGUUAUGUGAACGCCUCCCGGAUUAAAACCACAAUCACUGCCAGCACCAGUUAACCCAAGAGUAUCUCUUUUAUUUUGAAAGGCUGUUUAGGCUAAAAUCAGUGAUGGGAAUAAAGAACAUGAAGUGACCCUUUUACCAGUCAGAUGGUUUUAUAGCCGAUCCCAGAUUCAGUCUGAGCACGCUCAGAGGGUACGGGGUAAUGAUCGGGUUCUGGUGCCGCGGUUCCUGCCGGCCCGGAUCAGCCGAGCCGUCCGGGACGAGGAAUGAAAUCUGAAGGAGAUUCUAAUGUCCUGAUAAAGCUAAAGGGGUUUGGAGGGAAUUUUAUUUCAGUAACAUUUUUAGCUUUUCUUUAAGUUGUUUCUGAGACAAACUUCUUUGAACGUUUUCUGGUUCUUUUGGUUUAACUGAUAUUUGGGGGAUCUUCUGUAUUUAUUAAAGGUUUUUCCAAACUUC